AUGGGGCUCGCAGCAGAUUCGACGCCCUCGACGGCGCAGGUGGAGGCGAAGGUCGCCGCUGUCUCUCGUCGCUCUGCGCUGGAUCUCGAUGUACAUGCGAGCUGCUCAGCGUUGGCAGAAGAGCUCUCAGAGCAGUCCAAUGCCGUCGGUCUGGUUCAAGAUGUCCUGGCCGGCCUCGACGCUGGUCAGGGCACCGCCUCGGAUGCGCUCAGCCGUGUGGCCGACCUGCUCAUCGACCCAUCCUGCACUGUAUCCGUCGCCGCUCAGUUCAAGCCCGUGCUGCUCGAGCUCCUGGCCCGGGUGCUGAAGCGGAUCGACGCUUCCAACCGUGCCCAUGCGCAGGCGGCGAUUCAAAUUCUGCACACCUUUGCGCUGCUCAUCAGCAUAUUCCCCGAGAUUCACGAUCUACUCUCGCAUUUCCUCGCCACAUUCGCCUCGGCUUCCUUCGUGCACGGCAUCACGGCAGAGCAGCCCGAGCUGCGCAACCAGGUUCUGCUCGACCUUUUGCGAAUCGCCUCUGCUGCUCCCUUCUCGCUGGCUGACGAGGUCGGCACAUCCUACACACAAUGGGCGCAUUCGAUCCUCAGCGCCUCGGAGCCUUCCGACUCGCUUCCCACGCGUCUGCUCGCCGUCGCGCUCUUCUCUGCGCUCCAGAACAGCAGCGAACAGGCCAGGAUCGAGCUGCAGCGCAAGUGCCUCAACCUCGGAUCGACCGACGUUUUCGACCAGUACGCAGUCGAAGCCACCGCCACGCUUGCCUUCGAACCUGCGGGCAUCAACGUCUGGACGCUCGAAGUGGAAGAGUUCGGUCGGAUCGACCGAAUUCGAGGCCUCGUCAUGUCACGUCGAGUCGCUUUCCUUCCGCAUCCAUCGGAUGCUGCCGACACUCCCUCAGCCUCAGCCACAGAUGCUUCAAAGCCUCGUUCGCAUGCUCGACUGUCGAGCGCAGACCUCUCGGCCGAGGUGUGCUGCAUCGGAGGCGUCCUUCUCUCUUGCUCGCCACGCAGGAAUCGGGAAUCGGCUGCGACGCGAUCCCACGAUCCAUUCGUCGAAACCGAGGGCAUCACUGCGGCGCUUUCCGACCUCGCCCUUCGCCUGAGCCUCAACUACCCCAUCCUGCUCUCUGGACCACCUUCGAGCGGCAAGUCCACCUUGAUCCGCCACCUCUCGCAACUGCUCAAGGGCGCCGAGUCGUUUGCGGCCGCAAGCCAUCUCCUCACCAUCCAGCUCGGCGACCAGUCCGGUAUCGAUGCCAAGCAGCUCCUCGGCUCGUUCGUCUCCAGCCCAACCGAGCCCGGCAAGUUCGAGUGGACCGAGGGCGCCCUCACGCGCGCCGUUCGCCAGGGCAAGUGGGUCGUCCUCGAAGACAUCGACAAGGCCGGCUCCGAGGUGCUCAGCACCGUCGCACGCAUCGUCCAGCAGCUCAGCCCCACCAAGGCUGUCGGCUUGCGUCCCAUCAUCGACCUCGGCACUCGCGGAAAGGUGACCGCAGGCACCGGCUUUGCUCUCUUCGCCACUCGCUCCGUCGCCUCCUCCUCUUCGUCUGCAAAGAAAGCAGCCGCCUCCUCCAUCGCCACCUUCCUCGGCGCCUCGCAUUGGUCCGAGGUGACCAUCGAUGCUCCUUCCCUGCAAGAUGUGAGCACCAUCUUGACCAACAAAUCGCCUCGGCUUGCCGAAUCGCAACCGCGCUUCGUCGAGCGUCUCGUAGCCACCUGGUACAAGCUUCAGCGCGCCACCCAACCUUCUACGCACGGCGCCGCCCAAGCUACGGGCACAAAUGCAGGCAGCGUGCGAGUGGCGACGCUCCGCGACCUCAUCAAGUGGUCCCGCCGCGUCGAGCGCCUCUUGGCCGCGGAUCAAGCCAUGCUCAGCGACCCGCUCACCAACCCGGUUCAGCAGGAGGAGAUCUUCAUCGAAGCGUGCGACAUCUUCUUGGGCUCAGUGCCUCCGGCCUCCGAUGUCCUGGGAUCAGGCACAGCUGCAUCAUCAGCCUCAUCUACCCUGCAGAUUUCCAGAUCGACCAACGGCAAGCAAGUCGACCGCUACGGUGCUUUGGUGGAGCUCCUGGCCGAAGAACUCGGCCUGACCAGCGAGCGCGCUUGGUGGGCGCUCAAGCAGCGCAUCCCGGAACUGUCCGUCAGGUCUCUCGAUUCGACCACCGACGCGGUUGCCAUGAGCGCAGCCGUCGACAGCGCCACGAGCGCGAUCCGCGUCGGUCGCUGCGAGCUUGCUCGCCGAUCCAAGGCCACCGCCAAACGCGCCAUGCCCGUCUCGAGAAAGUUUGCCAUGACAAAGCCUUCUUUGCUGCUGCUCGAGAGGCUCACCGUCGCCACCGCGCUGGCAGAGCCCCUCCUUCUCGUCGGUGAAACGGGAACCGGCAAGACCACCGUCGUUCAGCACCUCGCCUCGCUCCUUGGCCAGCCCAUGACGGCGCUCAACUUGAGCCAGCAGACCGAGAGUGGAGAUCUCCUCGGAGCAUUCAAGCCGCUCGAUCCCAAAUUGCCUGCCACCGAGCUGCACGACCAGUGGAGCUCGCUCUUCGCACGCACCUUCUCCUCCCGCCGCAAUGCACGCUUCGUCGAUGCCGAGCGCAAGGCCUUCGUCGCUGGCAAGUGGUCGCGCCUCGCCCUCCUGUGGCGCGAAUCUGCCAAGAUGGCGUCCCAACGCAAGAAAGGCUCCACCAAGGCCAAUGGUACCGAAGCUGCCGAAGAAAGCAUCGCCGACCCGGGCGCCGACGUUCGCCCCAGCUCGGCUUCCCGCAAGAAGCGCAAGACCGACAAGGGCGCCACGGAAGGCUCGCCCGCCGAUGUCGACGAUGCGCGCGCCGAGGCCGAGCUCGAUCGCGAGUGGCUCGACUUGGACGAAAAGGCGCGAGCCUUCGGCCUCCAGCAUGGCAGCAAGAAGAAGAACCUUGUCUUCUCCUUCGUCGAGGGCCCCUUGGUCAAAGCACUGCGUCAAGGCGAUUGGCUCCUGCUCGACGAGAUCAAUCUCGCAGCCGCAGAGACGCUCGACAGCCUCACUGGCCUCCUCCAGUCUCCUACGUCCAGCAUCACUCUCACCGAGCGCGGCGACCUCGAGCCCAUCCCGAGGCAUCCCAACUUCCGCAUCUUCGCCUGCAUGAACCCGGCUACCGACGUCGGCAAGAAGGAUCUUCCGGCCAGCCUGCGAUCCCGUUUCACCGAGCUCUACGUGCCCAGCCCCGACGCCGACCGCGAAGCGCUCACCGCCAUCGUAGACAAGUAUAUCGGAGAGCAUGCCCUCGGCGAUCGUGGUGCCGUGAUGGAUGUAGCCGAGUGCUACACCGAGAUCCGUCGCUUGGCCCAACAGCACCAACUUGCAGAUGGUGCCAAUCAGCGCCCGCACUACUCCAUCCGCACCCUGUCGCGCGCACUCACCUUUGCCACCGACAUUGUCCCCCAGUACGGCCUCCGUCGCAGUCUUUGGGAAGGCUUCAUCAUGGCGUUCACCCUGCUCCUCGACGAGGCCAGCGCCAGGCUCGUGCGCGGCAUCAUCGAACGCCACACUCUCUCCAAGGCCAAGAACGCCCGCUCCAUCGCCACGUACGUCCCGCCUGCGCCGGAGGGGGCUGACGAUGGCAAGUUCGUUCAGGUUGGACCCUUCUGGCUUCCUACGGGUCCGGCACCGCUCGAUGCGGCCGAGGACUACAUCCUGACACCCUCGGUACAAAGUAAGCUUGUCGGUCUCUCGCGAGCAGCGCUGGUGCGCCGCUUCCCCGUCCUCAUCCAGGGCCCAACUUCCGCCGGUAAGACGAGUGCCGUCGAAUACCUGGCCCGACGCACCGGCCAUCGCUUCGUCCGCAUCAACAACCACGAGCACACCGAUAUUCAAGAGUAUAUCGGCUCGUAUGCGUCUGAUCCGGAAUCAGGUAAGCUCAGCUUCCAGGAAGGCUUGCUGGUCAAGGCGCUGCGCAGAGGCGACUGGAUUGUUCUGGACGAGCUCAAUCUCGCGCCUACCGAUGUUCUUGAGGCGCUCAACCGUCUCUUGGACGACAACCGCGAGCUCGUAAUCCCCGAGACUGGCGAGGUGGUCAAGCCCCACCCUCACUUUAUGCUUUUCGCAACGCAGAAUCCGCCCGGUCUGUACGCUGGCCGCAAGGUGCUCAGUCGCGCCUUCCGUAACCGCUUCCUCGAGCUCCAUUUCGACGAUGUCCCUCGCGCCGAGCUCGAGACCAUCCUGACCAACCGCUGCAAGAUCGCACCGUCCUACUCGUCACGCAUCGUUGGUGUCUUUGAAGAGCUGCAGAAGCGUCGUCAGGCUGGUCGCGUCUUCGAGACCAAACAGGCCUUUGUCACGCUGCGCGAUCUCUUCCGCUGGGGAAAUCGAGAGGCAGUCGGCUACCAGCAGCUUGCAGAGAAUGGCUACAUGCUGAUCGCUGAGCGUGCGCGCCGCGCUGAUGACAAGGAGAUCGUACAAGAGGUCAUCGAGAAGGUCAUGCGCGUCAAGCUCAAUGUCGAAAGCAUGUACCGACUUGAAGGCCCGGACAGCGAGGCGACGCUAGCUCGCAUCGGCACGGGCAUCGGAGGAGCCAUCGUUGCAGCCCUCUCGCAGACAAGCAUCGUGCAGACCUCUGCGUUCCAGCGUCUGCUGUGCCUGGUGGCGACCAGUCUGCGCUACAACGAACCUGUCCUACUCGUGGGAGAGACGGGUGCUGGCAAGACAUCCAACACGGAUACGGCGGAUCUGCUUGGUGGUCAACGUCCGCUCCGCAACCGAGCCGCCCUGCAAAGGUCGGCCGCGGUCUCUUGCAUCGAAGUGCUUUCGAGCCUCGGCAUCGUUCACGAGCUGAACGCACAGAGCAAGAUGGAGGACGUCUCGUCGGUUGUGGAAGCAGUCCUGUCCAAGGAGCAGGAGUACUUUGCCUCGCUCGAAGAGGCAUCCAGGAACGAGGCGAGGUCGGCGCUUCGCUCUGCCCUGCGCAGCGUCUAUCAAGCCACUGCACUGUUCGAAUGGCAGGAUGGUCCGUUGGUCCAGGCGAUGCGCGCCGGCGACCAUAUCCUGCUCGACGAGAUCUCGCUAGCAGACGACAGCGUUCUCGAGCGCCUGAACAGCGUCCUCGAACCCGCGCGCACGCUCGUCCUGGCAGAACGAGCCACCUCGUCGAGUCAUCUGGGCUCCGAAGCUGAUCUGAUGUCAUCACAGAUCACCGGUGCGGAGGGUUUCCAGGUGCUGGCGACCAUGAACCCUGGUGGCGACUACGGCAAGAAGGAGCUCUCUCCAGCUCUGCGCAAUCGUUUCACCGAGAUCUGGGUUCCUCACGUCGACAUCCGCAGUGAUCUGGUGCAGAUCAUCAACGCGCAGUGGAAGGAUGCGAGUCUGGCCGCCUGGACGGAACCCAUCAUCGACUUUUCGGACUGGUUCAUCCACCAGAUUGGUGGUCGCGAUCAGUCUGGUCUCGGUCUUCGCGAUCUCCUGACGUGGGCCUCUUUCAUGAAUGAGAUCUCGGCCAGAUCAUCUCUCGAUCCAGCCCUCGCAUUCGCUCACGGUGCUUCAUUGACCAUCAUCGAUGGCUUGGGCGCGCUGCCCGCCACAUCCGCCAUGACCGCGUCGGGUCUGGAGCAGCUCAGAGACCGCUGCCUCGCCAAGGUCGCGGAGCUCAUCGCACCUCACCAGUACGAUCCUAAGAUGUCCAGUCUCUUCGAGGUCGAAGUGUCCAGCGAAAAGCUGCGCAUUGGGCCGUUCUCCGUCCCGCGCGGCCAGCCAGACCCGUCGACCCAGGGUUCUGGCUCGUUCAGCUUCGGAGCAAAGACAUCGGCAUCCAACGCCAUGCGCGUGCUCCGUGCUUUGUCGGUACCGGCAAAGUCGGUCCUGCUGGAAGGCAGCCCUGGUGCGGGCAAGACGAGUCUGAUCACUGCGCUUGCUGCUGCUGCUGCCCGCCCGCUGACGCGCAUCAACUUGUCCGACCAGACCGAGCUUGUCGACCUCUUCGGCUCAGACAUGCCUCUGGAGGGCGGUGGUCCGGGCGAGUUUGCUUGGCGCGACGCGGCCUUCCUCACCGCCAUGCAGCAGGGCGAGUGGGUGUUGCUCGACGAGAUGAACCUUGCCUCUCAGACGGUGCUCGAGGGCCUCAACUCGUGCCUGGAUCAUCGUGGCACCGUGUACGUCCCUGAGCUUGGUCGCUCCUUCGUCAAGCAUCCCGACUUCCGCAUCUUCGCCGCUCAAAACCCUCAUCAUCAGGGCGGAGGCAGGAAAGGACUUCCCAAGUCGUUCCUGAACCGUUUUAUCAAGGUGCACAUCGAGGAGCUCGACGGCGACGACAUCCUCGCCAUCAGCACGCACCUGUAUCCGAACUUCGACACAGAGCAGCUCCGUAGCAUGAUCCUUUUCAACUUUGAGCUGCACAACGAGGUGGUCGUCAAGCACUCGUUCGGAAGGAUCGGCGCACCAUGGGAGUUCAAUCUCCGAGAUCUCAUGCGAUGGCUCGACCUUCUGCACACCGAUCUCGGCCUCAACAAGCUGGGCGAUCCCAUCGAACAUCUCGCCUCCCUCUAUGUCCAGCGCUUCCGCACGGCCUCGGAUCGUCGUUCUGCUCGAGAACUCUUCAAGAGGUCGUUCCCCGGCGCCGCUUCCAGCGAACCGCGCAUGGUGUCCACGGUCACCGCCAACCACGUGCGCAUUGGCCAUGCCGUCAUGCCGCGGGAGCCUGCCUCGGAACUGCAGAGCCACCGCCUGGCGCUCCUGCAGAGUCAAUUGCCCGUGCUGGAAGCAUUGAUCGACUGCGUUCAGAAGAAAUGGCUCUCGAUCCUGGUGGGCCCGACAGGAAGCGGCAAGACUAGCGUCGUCAGACUCGUGGCCCAACUUGCCGGCGCUCGUUUGGAAGAGUACCAGAUGAACUCGGGCACCGAUACCAUGGAUCUCAUCGGCACAUUUGAGCAGUUCGAUCCCAGCACCCGCACUCGCAGCGCUCUCGCUGCUCUCGUCCGCGAGGCACACCGCCUGUCCGAGCAGGUGGCCGCGCGAAGCCAUUCGCGCUACGCAUCCUUCUUGACAGCUCAAGGCACGCUGAAAGCCGCACUAGGCUCGUCACAGAGCUCUCCGUCCUCGGAGCUCCUCUCGGCUGCGCUAGAAGACGUCCGCAACGCGACGGGCGAUGUGAGGGACGAAGUUUUCCGGACCACCUUGGAAAAUGCUGUUGCCGUCGUCACCGAAAUGACGCAGAACACGCCGGAUGCGCAAAAAUCGACCGGCAGAUUCGAGUGGAUCGACGGACCUUUGCUGCGCGCUCUGCAAGAGGGCCAUUGGCUCAUGCUCGACAACGCCAAUCUUUGCUCGGCUUCGGUACUGGAUCGUCUCAAUUCGCUCUUCGAACCGAACGGCUGUCUCGUCAUCAGCGAGCGCGGUGUCGUCGAUGGCAAGGUUCCCGUCAUCCGACCGCAUCCGAACUUCCGCGUCUUCAUGUGUCUCGAUCCGCGCCAUGGCGAGCUGUCGAGAGCCAUGAGGAACCGAGGCAUCGAGAUCGCGCUGCUGCCGAAGACGGACUCUACGUCUCACGACCUGGACAGUCUGGCGAUUCUUAGUGGCUGUACUCGUACGCAAUCUUUGAUCCCGUCUCGAUCGACUCAGGAUGAGCUCAUGGAAGCUGCCAUCCAAGCGCAAUUGACGCAGCGCGCGAUCCUGACCGCCGACAUGCUGCCAGACUCGAAAGGCGCAUCUCAGCGACGUGCAGCGGCCUGGGCUGCUAGCCAGCUGCCUCUGCAAAACUCGUGCCUCGCUUCGACUGCCUUGCCUCUGUGCCUAGCAGGCGCGGGCGAGCAUGGCUCUCCAGCCGCCGCUUCGCUGUUGGUCCGUCUCAGCUCUUCCAGAGCCCUGGCGCUGGCCUUGCAAGUCUUCCAGCGGUGCUUCCCUUCCGCUUCAGGAAACAGCCUUUCUCUUCUGCAAGAAGUCGUCUCAUCUGGCAAGACUUUCCAUCCGCCUGGGCUCAGUCUUCGACAAGACCUGGUCAACGUUGGUCGUGUCUCGCAGGAACUUGCUGACCGACUUGCGAUCGACCUACGCUACGAUGACAACGUCCUUGAUCUUCUCCAGUCGCACGGUCUGCCCCCUCAGAUGCUCGUUGACCUUCUGCUGGUGGCUCUGCUCCACCGUCAAGAGGCUAGGAGUGUCCUCGAGUCAGCCUCGUCAAAGCGACUCAACGACCUCAGCAUCCUCGAACGCUCCGCCCGGCUCAGCAGCUCCGCAACGGUGCACGACGAAGAUCAGGCUGCUACCGCAGUCCGCAACGUCUACCCGCUCGUCGUGGCGAUCAGCAACACGGUGGUCUCGUCUGUGCAGAGUCAAGCAGCCGCGUCCUGCGGCUCGGCUACUCUGCGCCGGGUUGCCCUUCUGAUGCGCUCUGCCGACUACCUCCAGAGCCUUUGCACCAGUUCGGAGCUGGACUUUUCGUCGAUCCAGAUCUUGGUACGAUUCAUGUCGAACCUCGUGAGGGAGAUCAACGCCGGCGGCCUUGACGUCGCCGCCGCCUUGACGGAGACGAUCGAUCUGCUUGGAGGCUCGUUGACUCUGUCCAGUGGCAAAGCUCUCUCCACGAUCUGGUCGCUCUACGGUGCAGACGAGGGCAUGCAGACCAACCUGUAUCGAUUGAUCUGCGACGAGGCGCAACUGUUUCGAAGCGCACCGUCAGGUGACCUUCUCAAGUCAGCCCUGGACAUCGCCGCCACGCUCUGUGUCGCCGGCAAGCAGUCGGCCUCGCCUUCAGAGCUGCGCGACAUGAUGCAGCUCGGCUGGCAGACGCUGAAGAUGAUCCGCUCGGCAAGCAACAAGAUCACCGCAGAAGGUCAAGACCCGCACGCUCGUUCGAGGGCCUCGGAGAAUGCAGAUGCGACGCUUCUCAGCAUGGCAGAGCUGUCGAUCAGGACGCCCGAGUGCCUUUCGGAUCCCACAAACGCUUCGAGGAUGAAGCUCGUCAUCGCCUUGCUCGAGUCUCACCCUUCUCCGUCUGUCCAGGCUGCCGCUGCAUCCAACAAGGCAGCGUUGUGGUCUCUUGCGCCCGGAUCCGCAAAGUCGAGUGCUCUGCUCAGCGACUUCAGCUGGAUCAGGCGUCUGUGGCCCUUCGGAUCCACUUCAGGCUCCACAUCUGGCGGACCGGCCGACCUCUUGCGCCCCAGUUUGGUGCACACUUUGAUGGAGUCUCGCUUCGGCGACAGGUCGCUCUCGGAAAAGUCGCGUCACGACGUCGCGGUCGGACGGAUGAUCCAGACUGCUGGGGCUGUCCUGCCUGCUAGUUCGCCUUCGCGUGCCGAGAAGCUUGCACAGAUCCUCGUGCGCUUCGUGUGCUUCGUGUCCGAGACACUGUGCCGUGCGGCGCUGAAGCACUCGGCGGAUCUCAAAUCGCCAGUCUUGACGGGAUUGCUCACCGUUUCCGACUGUCAGAGCGCCUUGACCUACGUGCUCGCGAGCCCGGAUGCGCGCCUCACAGCGGACACUGCAGACGCUUUGACGGAAUGGACCUCAUUCCUUCAGAGCUUCUCCCUGUCCGAGACCGACGCCUCGGACGAGGAAGCCAGUAUCGCGCUGCUUGGACGAGGAUGGAUUGCCGCCUCUCUCAUCAUGCUGCGUCUAUUCUUGCCUAACGUGGCAUUGGACCCCAUCGUCGCUCGCAGGACGAUGGCCGACUUUGGCGUCUUCUGCCGCACCCAGCUGGAGAACGCGUUGGCCCUCGAAGUCUUUGCCGAGUCGAUGGUGACAGGCGGCUCGCGCAACCGUGUGACGGACGAGUUGCGGGCACAGAUGGAGGAGAGCAGGUCGGCGCUGAGUCCUCAAGGCGGCGAUGACGGCCAGGCGUGGCGCAAGCCGAAUCUCAAGCUCCUGUCGCAGCUCUACCGCGAGACCUCAUCGUUCCUCAAAGAGGUCAUCACAGCCAAGAGGGUCGAUGAUCUGGUCCAGGCGCUGCUCAACGGACACUCUGAGCAGGCCCAGCAACGCGAGGACAGCCUGCAAGCAAGCAUCCUGUCGUUUGGCGAUCGACUGCGCAAGACAUUCUCCGAGCUGCGAGACAUGGUGGAGCCAAUCACAGCUUCGUUGUCGCAGCUGCAACUCGGACUUGGACUCGUCCGCCAGGCAGCCCGCAUCGCCUCCGCAUCUGAGGACGUCAAGCAGCGCGGUGCCAUCGUCCAAGCACUGAGCGCUUUCCCGACGACACGCAGCUCCUCUUUGUUGCGUCAGUUGGACCUGUCGGGUCAGCUGCAGGCACGCUCGGACGUCUCUGCCGCGCUUCUCAUCGUAUCGACCGCUUCUGUUGCCUAUGAUCACACCGCACUCGGCAUCGAUGUGCUCGAGAAGCGCGAGACAUUGCGUGCCAUCAGUCGCACGUACGAGAGGGUGUUCCAGCUGUGGGCUCUCGACAGAGAGAGGGCCAAGCGCGAAGAGGAAGAGGCGACCAGUCUGUACAAAUCUCGCAAGGUCGAGGAGUCGAUCGAGCUGGAUGCGGAUGCCGAAGAAAGGGAAUUCCACGCCCUCUUCCCAGAAUAUGGCGACGAUGUCAUGGACGCACCCACGACCCGACGCGCUGCUCAAGAAGAGCAGUCCGUCGGCGUGCUGUUGCCCUCUCAGCGGUUCACCGCCGUCUUGAGCGCGCACAUGGCGAUCUUUGGGCCCUCGCGAAGCAAUGCUGGGUCUGAUUUGUAUCAUCGGGAACGUGAUGCGCUGGUGACCAAGCUCCUGCGGAAGCAUCAUCGCGACUGGUCAGAGCAGAUCGACCGAACUGGCGCAGCCUUCGGCCUUUCUGCUGCGAUCGACGAGCAUCUCGCGUCGAAGCAAACGGCUCGUGACUUCAACUUCUACCUGGACCCCCGCCCCUCCGAGAUCCGCAAGGCAACCGUCAUCGUCGAGGAACUGCGUCUGCGUCUGGACGCUCUCAUUCAAGACUGGCCGGAGCAGAUGGUGUUGCAGCACAUUCGAGACCGAUGCGAUGCUGUGCUCCGCCUCGAAGCGGCGAGUCCGGUCGCCAAGAUGUUGAGCGCUCUUGAGCAACUGCUCACUCACACCGAAGACUGGGAGGGCUUCGCGAGCCAGCAAACCUCGCUCCAGUCCAACCGGGAACGAAUCUCGGCUCAGAUCAUCGAGUGGAGGCGGCUGGAGCUGUCCUGCUGGGCAGAACUGCUCAACACACAGACCCGCAACUUCCAGGAAGAGCUUGGCGGCUGGUGGUUCCGCGUCUACGAGAUCGUCGUUCGCGGCACCCGUGCCGCUUCUGCCGACGGGCCUGACGCUUUCAAGAGCCACGUCGAGCAGCUGAUCGAUGCAGUGGAUCAGUUCGUUCGUUCGAGUCCCCUGGGUCAGUUUGAGGGUCGUCUCUCCCUUCUCGAGUCGUUUGCGCACUUUGUCGAGAGGUUGGUCCGUCUGGCCCCUCCCAAGGAGAGUCGCGGCCUGAAGGAGGUCGGUGUCGUUCUGAAGAAUGUCACCACCUUCUUCCGUCAAUUCGACGAGCGCAUCUCGAACACCUUGCAGAGUCAGCGAGCAGUGCUGGAGAAGGACAUCCUGGGCUUCAUCAAGCUCGCGAGCUGGAAAGACAUCAACGUGCAUGCGCUCAAGCAGUCGGCGCAGAAGACCCAUCGACAGUUGCACAAGACACUGCGCAAGUUCCGCGACAUCCUUCGUCAGCCUGUCGAUCCUAUGCUUGCAGCCCAUCUCGACGCUCUGACGCGCAAGGAGAUCCCUCCUGUGUCGCUCGAUAUGAUUCGAGUGCAAGCGGCGUCUGAGACGAGCAGCAAGGUCAGUGAUGCUUGGGCGAAAGCAGUGCUGAUCGCCAGUCUCGAGGACUCGGCUCCGGAGCACAUCCGCAACCUGUCCAAGACGCUGACGAUCUUGCAGAAGAUGGGCGGUGACCGACUCCGACCGACGCUGCUCACCGCUACGACGACCGCCACCGGCGUGAGCGACUUGGCAGAUGAGAUUGUCGAUCGCCAGCAGCAGCUCGCCAAGCUGACACCUGCAUUCUCGAAGGAAGACAACGAGAAGGCGAUCAAGAAUCUCACCGCCCGCAAGCGCAAGGCGUGGUCUGAUCUGCUCAAGGAACUGCGUCGCGUCGGUCUGAGCUCGUACCUCAAGACCGACGUGGUCUCCAUGAACCAGAGCGUGAUGCACAUCUACACGCGUCCGUCGAUCUUGGAGGCUUGUCCGAAGUCGCUCUCCGAUGAGCUCUUUCCCUCUCUGGAGAAGCUCUUCUUCCGCCUGCUUGCUGCGCUGCCGAAAGUCCGUGACUCUCUCCACGGUCACAGUGCAGAUCUGUCGACCGCAGAGCUUCAACGCGGUGUCAACUAUAUCGAGCACGUCACCCACCUGGUUCUGCAGGAGAGGGAUCGCAUGCACUCGGAACUGCAGACGCUCGCCUCGCUCGAGCAUCUUUCGGCUCGAAUGCACACUCUCCAGUCGACACCGUUGGGCACAGCAACGCGCGUGUCCUCCCAGGCGCCGUUCCAUGCCCUCGCUGACUUCCUCGCGCGCCUCGCAGCCGCCUUGGACGAGAUCAGGGUGCAGGCUCCCAAGUUUCUUGCCACCACUGCUUUUCCUGCAGUGGCCAGCGACGCACUGAUGAGCCGACUGUCUAGCUGGGCCACCGAGCUCACGAACAGCGCUUCGCUGGUGGAGACGUUGACAGAAGCGACACGCGCUAGCGGUCCAAAUGGGCUCGCUUUCCUCACCGAGCAAGAACGGUCGCACGUUGAAGCCAGCGCGACGCUGGUCAAGUCGAUCGAGGAGGGUUUGCGCGAGCAUCUCCAAAGCCUGCCUGCUCUGGAAUCGCUGCUGCAUCCCGUCUGGACGUGGACCGCAGCCAACUUCGGCCUUUUCGAGAACUGUCUCGCGCAGACAAAGACGCCUCUUGGUGCCAGUCGCGAGACACAGGGUCUCGCCCAUCAAGCCAACAAGCUCAUCUCCGCCGUCCUGCAGAUUGCACAAGAUGUUCGGAAGACUGGCUCGGCGUCGGCAGCCGGCACUGUGUCUGCCGAUGAAGCUUCAGAUGGUCUGUCUGAUAAGAUCAUCAGCUCCGCACUGCAGGCCUUGCAGGCGCAGCAGGCGGUGCUGCGGUCAGCGUCCGUCCUCUCCGAAGUGCAGAAGCUUUUCGAGCUUGCUCAGCAGCUUUCCAGGGAUGCUGAAGCCGAGACAUUUGUCCAGGUGCAGCUGGCAGCCGUCUACCCCUUCCUGCAUGAAUUCUCGGCACUGCUUAGGACCCAUCUGUUGGCGUCUGCACACCUCUCGACGAGUCUGCUCAAGCUCGACCAUGUGCUUUGCCAUCUGAUGACCGCCCUUGCAAGCAAAGGCUUCUGUAAGCCUCCUGAGGAGCAGGAGAACGAUGAUGGCGAGGGCGACGAUGGCGAGCAGCUCGAGGGAGGCACUGGCCUCGGCGACGGAAGCGGUGCCAAGGACAUCACCGAUCAGAUGGAAGACGACGAAGAGAUCGAAGAGCUGCAGAAAGACGAUCCAGCUGACGAAGGUGACGAAGGCGAGAAGACCGAGCGCGAGAGGAACGCCAAGGAAGCCGAUCAAGACUUUGGUGGUGACCUCGAAGACAUCAGCGGCGACGAAGAAGACGAUGCAGCGAGCAACCAAGACGGAGACGACGCUGACGAGCAGGAACCUGAGGAUGCCGUCGGCGAUGUCGACCCGCUGGACCCGAAUGCUGUCGACGAGAAGGUCUGGGAGGGCGGCGACGACGAGGACGAGAGCAAGAAGGACGCGCCCGAGGACAAGACCAACAAGGAUCUCGGGGCCGACAAUGCAGAUGGCGACCAAGAUGAUUCCGCGCCCAAGGCUGACGAUUCCGCUGCUGCUGCCGACGAUAAACAACGGAAGCAGGAGCAGGCAGCUGACAAGUCCCGCGAAGAGCAGCCCCAGGAGCAAGACGGUGACGACCAGCCCGACGCCGACAAGGACGACGACCCGACUAAUGCUGAGGAUCGCGAUGGAGACGACUCCGACGGCGUGGAAGAGGAAGAGCAGGAAGCGGAAGCGGACGCUCAGGGCGAGGGUGGAGGUCGCCAGCUCGACCAAGAGGCCGAACAAGCCGAGAAUCUUGAUCUCGACGACGAUCUCAACAUGGACGGUCUCGAUGGGAAGAGCGAAGGCGGGAGCGACGAAGAUGACGACCUAGGCGACCUCAGCGACGUCGAAGACAUGCCCGAGGAUCGCAAGGAGGAGAAGGUGGACGAAAAGGCCAUGGACGAUCUCGUCGACGACAAGGCGCAAGAUGAAGAGAUGAAGGACGGAGAAGAGCCUGACGCCGGCGCUGAAGCGCCGGAGCAGGAGCAGGAACAGGAGGCGAACGCGCAAGUCGACAAAGACGAAGGCGAAGACGCCAUGGAAGAGGAUGGCGAGGACGACGAGGACGAGUCCACGCGGAAGCAAGAUCGUGCGGCUGACGAAAAGCCUGCUGGUCCUCAGCAAAUCGACGCUGAUCCGUUCGACACGGAUGCGGUGGAUCAAGGCGCCGAUGAGGGUGGCCAGGACGAGUCAGCUGUCCAGCAGCAAUCGUCGCGAUCUGCGCAAGGCAGGCGUGUCGACGCUCGCCACGACCAAUCACAGGCCGACCAGGGCAUGGAUCUGGACGAUCUGGCCGAUGACGCGACCGAAGAUCAAGCCUCACAGCCGCCUUCAGCCGGCCAGCGUGGAGCACAAGCGCCUAAGGCUGAACGUGACGAGGCUUCUGGCGAGGCGGAACAAGACGGCGCAGCCGAGGUUGACUCUAAUCCACUUCGCAGCCUGGGCGAUGCUCUGGAGCAGUUCCGUCGUAGGAUGCAAGAGAUCCAGAAAGCCAGCGAGGACGAGAUCGAGCAAGAAGCCGGCGAAGAGGCAAAACCCGAUGGCGACGGUCCGCCCGAGGACGCCGAUGUGGAGCACGUUGCCAAUGACGGAAACGCCGAGCUGCAGGCUCUGGGUGCCGCGCAAGAGCAGGACGAGGUGCGUAAACUCGGCGACCUUGGCAUCGAAGAGGUCGACGAGUCCAUGGGCUCCAAGCCUCGGGCGGCUGAUGUCGAUGAGCAGCAAGAGUCCGAGCCGCAAGCGCCGCAGCCGCUUCCCGACCAGCCGGAGAAAGAGGAUCGACAGCAGGCGGACGAUGGUCAGCAGAAGGCAUUCAUGCCUUCGGAUCUGAAGCCGGCAAGCUCUGUUCCGACAGUCGAACAGGAAGCGAAGCUCGACCGCGACGGCGACGCGAACAUGGAGGACGAUGUGCAGAUCAAGGAGGAGCAGUCCGAGGAGGAAGCCAUGACGCCACUGCCGGACGAUGUACGCGAGGAGGCCGACGAAGAGGUGCAGCAGCAGCUGGAGGCAUUCCGCAACGUCGCCUCGAGCGAAGAGCGGCUUGCACGAGCAGGAGAUCUGUGGCGUUCGUACGCCUCGCUGACGGCCGACCUGGCUUUUUCGCUGUGCGAACAACUGCGGCUCGUUCUGGCUCCGACGCUUGCAACGCGGCUCAACGGCGACUUCCGCACGGGCAAGCGUCUCAACAUGCGCAAGAUUGUGCCGUUCAUCGCAUCGGACUUCGCCAAGGACAAGAUCUGGCUGCGACGCACCAAGCCGUCGUCGCGCGAGUACCAGGUGCUGCUGGCGAUUGACGACAGUCGCAGUAUGUCUGAGUCGCGCUCGGCGCAUCUGGCGUACCAGACGCUGGCGCUGGUGACGGGCGCGCUUUCGCGCCUCGAGGUGGGCGACGUGUCGAUCUGCCGCUUUGGAGAGCAUGUGGAGAGCUUGCACGACUUUGGCAAGGGCAGCUUCAACGACCAGAACGGCGCGCACGUCAUCGACCGUUUGGGCUUCCAGCAGAAGAAGACCAAUGUGCUUCAGCUCGUAGAGCGCUCGCUCGACACGCUCGCCGAGGCGCGUGCCGCAAGGCCGUCUUCGUCUGCGUCGCAAGGCGGCGAUCUGUGGCAGCUCGAGAUCAUCAUCUCGGAUGGUAUCUGCCAGGAUCACGCUCGGCUUCGCUCACUGUUGCGCCGAGCGGCCGAACAGCGCGUCAUGCUGGUCUUUGUCAUCAUCGACUCGCUGCAACCGGCGCCGACGGCCAGCGGAACUUCGACGCCCGGUGGAGCAGGGGCAGCCACACCCAAGGCAGCAGCGCUGCAGCAGGCAAGGAGCUCGAUCCUCGACAUGACCAACGCAUCGUACCACACCGACGCCAACGGGCGCCUAGAGCUCAAGAUGGAGCGCUACAUGGACACGUUUCCCUUUGACUACUACGUGGUGGUGCGCGAAGUCGAGGCGCUGCCUGAGGUGCUCUCGGCGACGCUGCGCCAGUGGGUCGAGAAGAUCCGCGAGACCGAAUCCCGACGCUCGGGUCGCAUCUCGAACUCGAACCUCGCCCUGGACGGCGCCAUCCUGUUCGCCGUCUCAGGCCGAGCAUCCGAGAAGGCUGUCGAUCCACAUCCUCCGUUGCUCGCCGAGACGCACAGCCAAUCUACCAAGGUCACUCGGCUCGGUCAUGGACGUUUCAUAGUGGCAUCGCUCAAUGGGAGGGAUCGCAUUCUCCACCGCGAGAUCCGGGACGGCUUCGCCCUCGAUGAUCAAUCGAAGCAGUUCGGUGGGCAGGCAGAGUCGGACCAGGCACGAGAUGCCGUCUCGCUUGCACAGGCACGCACUGUACGCGAUGCGUCGUCGUCUUACAUGUUGGCUCUCCGCCGCGCCCAUGUGAUCGCGGAACUCGGCGCUUACGUUCGGCUACCCUCGGUGUCGAUUGCGCCUCUGCCAAGCCUUUUGCCGUGCCGGUCCGCAGAGGCAGCACCAAUCAACAGAGCUUCGGCAUGCCGAGCCGUAUGCACGCCGGCCGCUUCCACGCCCUCCUCGCCCCGCGCUGAGAUGCACAGCACUGCACGACACCUAGGUCGUGAGCUAAUCAGAUCCGGAUCUUAG